GGCUCCCCCCGGCGGGGCUGGGGCGGCUGCUUCCGCUGCCUGAGUCUGUCCAGCGCCGCGGCGGGUGAGGAGCAGCCAGCGAGCCCGGCUCGGCUCGGCCCGGAGCGGAGCGGAGCGUGCGGACCAGGUGUGGGAGGCUCUCGGCCGGCACCAUGACGGAAGGUUUCGACUGCGAUAACUGCAAGGAGUCCCUGUAUGGGCGGAAGUACAUCCAGAUGGACAUGGGCCCCUACUGCAUCCCCUGCUACGAUGCCCACUUCGCUAACACCUGCGAGGAAUGCAAGGAGCUGAUUGGCCACGACUGCAGGGAGCUGUACUACGAGGAUCGCCAUUACCACGAGCACUGCUUCCGGUGCUUCCGCUGCGACCGCUCUCUGGCCGACGAGCCGUUCACCUGCCAGGACGAGGAGCUGCUGUGCAACGACUGCUACUGCAGCGAGUUCUCCUCCAAGUGCGUCGCAUGUGAGAAGACCGUCAUGCCAGGAUCCCGGAAACUGGAAUACAGCGGACAAACCUGGCAUGAGCAUUGCUUCAUUUGCAGCAGCUGUCAGCAGCCCAUCGGGUCGCGGUCCUUUAUCCCAGACAAGAAGGAUUAUUAUUGCGUCCCCUGUUAUGAGAGCAAAUUUGCCCCCCGCUGCACUCGUUGCAAAAAGUCGCUGACCAAGGGAGGAGUGACUUACCGUGACGAGCCCUGGCACAAGGAGUGCUUUGUCUGCACUGGUUGCAAGGUCCCCCUGGCAGGCCAGCAGUUCACCUCCCAGGAGGACAACCCCUACUGUGUGAAGUGCUUUGGGAACCUCUAUGCCAAGAAGUGCAGCGCCUGCGCCAAGCCCAUCACAGGCUUCGGAGGGGGUAAAUACAUCUCCUUUGAGGAUCGUCACUGGCACCACAACUGCUUCAACUGUGCCCGCUGCACCAGCUCGCUGGUGGGGAAAGGCUUCAUCCCGCACCACGACGAGAUCCUCUGCCGCGACUGCAGCAGCAACCUAUAAGCCUGGCAAGAGGACGUGGGUCAGGUGCUUUAUCUGCUCUUCGGGGGCUUCGUGCCAGACACCCUGGGCAGGGGGGGGAUGUGCCUUUUGUAGCCCGGAGAGGGCUGAUCCCCUCCCCACCGUGUAUGCUCGGGGUGCCUGUGCCCUUCCCCUGAAGGCUAGAAUAAGCCACCCGAGGCUUUCUGCAGAGUGAAGCUAAAUAAACGCCAAACAAAAAGAGCUUCCAAGUCCCUCAUUAAUUGCUCUUUCCUUUGCUUCCUAUGCGCUUGGGCGCUGGCUGAGCCGGGAGCCCCUGUCUGAGCAAAGGGGCUGGGCAGUGGGCCGUAGGCUCCAUGUGCUGACCGCACAGCUUUGUCCCUCCUACUUGUUACUGGUUUUCUUCCCUUCCCCCACGCGAUCCCUCUGCUCUGUGAUGGGCAGCAGCUCCUGUCCUGUGAGCCGGGCUCGCCUGAGGCUCCUGCCUCCCCAGCCUGCGUUUGCAGCACAGCCUGUUCCCCUAACAUGAGGGUAACGUGGCGUCUCGCUGGGCAAGUUUGCAACGCUGUCUGUGCCGCUCAUUGCAGCCUUGGGUGUUUCUGGGUGGCCAGGGACCUGGCUGGCUGUGAGCAGAGCAUGCUGGAGUGAGCACAUGGCUCACAUUGGAGAAUGGCUUUUUCUGAUGUCUCUCCCCCCCCUUCGUUCCUCACAUCUUCAGGGAGAUGGUGUCGCUAAUUUGGCAGGGGAACCUGAAUCACCAGCUGGUGCUGAGGGCUCUGGUGCCCCCACCCCCCUGCAGCAUCUCCCCUCCCCCUGCUCUGCCCCCCAGCAGAAGGGUCCCCAUCAGCUUCCAAGAGCUGGGCAAAGGAGUUUAUUGAACACCGACUCCAAGAGCGCUGCGAAGCGGCUCAGGCGCUUUCGGAGCGAGUCUCAUGCUGCCCGGCUGGCAGCCAAAGCUCUUCCGUCUGCCUGAGAGCCGCUGAGCAGAGCAGCUGACAAGGGCAUUUCAGAGGCAGCUAGAGCCAUCAGACCUGGCGGGGUCGUCUGCUCUUUCCCCCUUACCGGGUGCUGCAGACACAGGGCCGCCGGUUGUCUCUUGCUGAGCUCGGCCACACGCUGUAUAUUUUGACCCCAAAUAUGGUUGUUUGUGCACAGUUGUGCUCGGCUGCAGGCUCUGCUCGGAAUUCAGCCCUGGGUGCUGCAGGGGAGCGGGGGGGGGGGGGGGGCGACGGGGGCUGUGUUUGUAUUAACAAGAAGCAAGGCUGCAGAUAAAUUGAACCAGCCCCCAAGACAGCAGCCAAAGGCUCUGCCUCUCCUGUGCCCCCUCCC